AUGCCUACUCUGAGGGCCUUAGGAGACAAGCAAUUGGAUGUUGUUACCACUCAUGACAACAGUCUUAAUAAUAAAGAUGAAGACACAGAAUCCAGUGAAAAGAUGGAACCCACAAAAGAUGAUAAAAAUUCUGAUCAAAAGGAGGAUGAAAUUACUCCAGGCAUGACAGAACAUGCAGAGCCACAUUUUGUUCAGGUUGGCUCAUGGAAGACAGGAUUGUGUCAACAUAUCCGCAGAGCUUUUUCUACUCCUCACCUUUCAAACUAUGUUGUUCCACUGUGUACUACAACUGAUGUAGCAGAUACCUCAGCAGAGGUGGAAUAUAUGGACAAGGAAACCCCAAUUGAAGUAAGCGAAAAGAUGUACACUGAUGAAAAUUUAACUGGUGAUGCAAAGGAGGAUGAAAUUACUCUGUCCAUGACUGAAGAGACUCAGACCAAUUAUGUCCAGGUUGGAUCAAGGAACACUGCAUUGUGUGUACCAGACAGCUCUGCACCUGAGGAAUAUAUGGACAAGGAAACCCCAAUUGAAAUACAUGCUGAUGAAAAUUCAACUGUUGAUCCCAAGGAGGAGGAAAUUACUCUAUCUAUGACGGAACAUAGAGAGACACAUUUUGUUCAGGUUGGCUCAUGGAAGACAGGACUGUGUCAACAUAUGUGCGGAGCUUUUUCCACUCGCCAUAUUUCUAACUAUGUCGUUCCACUGUGUACUACAAUUGAUGAUAUGCCAGGCAAAAUGGUGGAAGAAUCAGAAAAUACUGAUACCACCAGAUCAGAACCUGUUGGCGAUGGUACUGUUUAUGAUCAGUCACACACCAAUAAUGAUGAUGAAGACAGUGAGGCCAAUGACAAGGUGGCUGCUGUUGAAAGUGAAAACUCUGAUCCAAAGGACGAUGAAAUUACUCCAUCCACAACUGACUAUACACCGACCCAUUAUGUCCAGGUUGGAUCAAGAACCCGGAGAUUGUGUCAAUAUAUUCGCAGAGUUAUUUCAUCUCUCAACUUUUGUGACUGUCUCCUUAGACAGUGUAUUUCAGUUGAUGUAGCAGACAGCUCUACAGAAGUGCAAUACACAGACAAGGAAACCCCAACAGAAGUAAGUGAGAAGAUAGAUGCUGAUGAAAAUUCAAAUGGCAUGUCAUCAGCACAGUCACCAAAGGAACCACAGCACGAGGACUCUACCAAUGCGAAGCCUGGUCACAAGGACUCACCACCUCAUGUGGUUGGGGACCUUGGCUUCGCCCCCCAAAAAUGACAAAGUUUCAAAGCUGGUGACUCCAUCUUCACUGGGAUUAAAUCUUAUCCUUGAUGGCCAGCUCACAUAGAUGAAGUUCCUGGUGAAGAUUAAAGCCACCUAAACCAACCCCCCAAACAUACUAUGGUUAUUUUAGGACUAAAGGAUGAAUAUCUUUACUCAGAAAAUAAGAAAGAUUAUGGUAAACCAAAUAAAUGAAGAAGAUUUAGUGAAGAUUUUUCUGAUAGAUAACAACCUAAAAAGCAAACUUAUAAGACAACAGGCACCAAUUUAACAGAUACAUUGAUUAUUUGAAGCUUUCAUGGAAGAAAAAACCAUAAUGUUUAAAGGAAGCUACAUAUUGUGAGAUCCAACAAUGAAAAUGUGACUACAGAAUAGUAAGCCCAAACAUCUGAAGAAGAAGGAAGAAAAAGGGAGAAAAAAUGGAAAAGAUGGAAAGGAAGACAACCUCUGGACCCCACCAGAUACGAAAGACAAACCAAGUUCACUGCAACAAGAGAACAACCAUGCUGGGUAUCCACCCCAGCAGGCCGACCACGCAGGGUUCACACCCUUUCAGGAAGAUCUCACAGGCACCCACCAUAGAAGGAAGACCACAUGGGACAUUUUCCCCAAGAGGAAGAGCACACAAUGCUCCCACCACAAGUGGAAGGCCUUGUGGGCACCCACGUCAGGAGUAAGAACUUGUGGGGCACCUACAGAAGAAGAAGGCCACAUCAGAGACACCACCACAGGUGAAAGACCAUGCAAGAACCCCAAUCCCUGGGGGAAGACCUCACAAAAAUGCCCACCCUAAGAAGACUGUGUAGAAGCCCCCACUCCAGAAAGAAAAACUCACAGUAAUUCCCACCAUACGAAGACCAUACAAGAACCCCCACCCAGGAGAAAGACCUCAAAGUAAUGCCCAACCUAAGAAUGAGACCAUGGAGGAACCCCACCUCAGGAGGAAAACCUCACAGUAAAUCCCAGCCUAAGAAGACCAUGCAAGUGUCCC